AUGGGUCUGGGGUAUGCCAAUUUCGUCUUUACUCUUUUGCCGAAUUUUGCCUUUUUGGUGUUUCGUCUUUCGUUUCAUAAUCGGUUUUUUCAGGCAAUGUGUGCAGCUGUUCACGCAGUAAACCUAAGAAAUCACCUUGGAGCAUCUUGCAGAACAAUAAGAGAAGAAAUGAACGAUGAAUCUGAUGAAUUUUUGGAAUUGUUUAGUGAAGAAAUUAUUUAUUUUGACGGUGCAAAAAUGCAAUCAGGAUUUUAUGUGGUUGAAAAAGCUCCUUUUGUUAAAAAGCUUUAUCGUGCAUAUAUUAAUGGGCCUUCAGUAGAAAUGGAAGCUGUGCCGCUUAGCCCAGAAUCUCUUGACCCUCGUUUUGUUUUUUUGUUGGAUGCUGAUAAAAUUAUUUGGAUAUGGAGUGGAUCGCGUUCUAGGGUAACAUUCUCAAAUAAAGUUCGUUUGUUUGCUGUAAAAAUGAAUAAAAGAGAUAAAAAAGGAAAAGCAGAAAUUGAAUCUUGUAAUCAAUUGAAAACACCUGACGAAUUUUGGGAGGCUUUAACAGGCUCCAAAACAAAGCCAGAAGAACCAAUAUUUGAACAUAUCCCAGAAGAUCACAAGCCUGAACGUAAAAGAUUGUACGAAGUACAGCUUGGAAUGGGUUAUGUAGAAUUGCCUCAAAUUGAAUUGAAAAAUGAUAUUUUAUACAAAGAGAUGUUGAAACCUAAAUGUGUAUUUAUACUUGAUUGUACUUCUGAACUUUUUGUUUGGAUUGGGAAAAAAGCUAGUAGAUUAUUAAAAAUGGCUGGACAGAAAAUGGCAACAGAAUUUCAUCAAAUCAUAGAAAGACCAGAAUUUUGUACAAUUUGUCGUGAAAUAGAGGGAGAGGAAUCGACAGUUUUUCGUUCAAAAUUUUCUUCUUGGGAUGAUAUUGUGCCUUUUGAUUUUACAAUGACUGCGGAUACUGUUCAGAGAAGAGGGGCUGAUAUUAAGGUGAUUAUGGAAAGAGACAAAAUGAAGACAGACUUGGUAGCCUUAUUCCUUGACCGUUUACCAACUAUGCCACAUGAAGAAGCUGACCAAUUAAUUGAAGAUUUUAAUUUGGAUUUGGAAGUUAUUGAAUCCUUUGUUUUGGAAGGCAAAAAAUUCGUUCGACUUCCAAAAGAAGAAUUGGGUAUUUUCUAUACAAUGGAUUGCUAUGUUUUUCUAUGUCGUUAUUUUGAUUAUAAUGAAGAAUUGAGUGAAAAUGGAAGUAAAGGAAGUGUUGAGGGAGGAAAUGGAAGAGGAGAAGAAUCGGAAGAAGAGGAAAAAGAAGUUGAUUUUAAAUGUGUAGUCUAUUUUUGGCAAGGAAGGGAAGCAAGUAAUAUGGGAUGGUUAAAUUUUACUUUUUCUUUGAAGAGAAAAUUUGAAACCCUAUUUAAAGACAAGCUUGAAGUGGUUCGAAUGAAUCAACAACAAGAAAAUCACAAAUUUCUGUCUCAUUUUAAGAGAAAAAUUCUUAUAAGGCGUGGACGUCGAGAAGCAACACUUAAAUUGAAUGAACCAGAACUUUUUCAUAUGAGAGCAAAUGGAAGCAGUAUCUGUACCAGAACAAUACAAGUCGACUGCCGUGUAUCUAGUCUCAACUCUGCUUUUUGUUAUAUUCUUAGAACGCCUUGUUCUGAUGGGGAUGAAUCCGGUGUUAUUUAUGUUUGGAAAGGCUCUAAAUGUGAUUCUUAUUUUUUCAAAAUUGCUGAAGAGGUUGCAAAUGAACUAGUAAAAAAAGAUUUAAAAUUGCCCAUUGAAAUAAUUGAAGAAGGAAAAGAGCCCCAAUUAUUUUGGCAAACCUUGGGAGGAGGAAAGAAUAGAAAAUAUGAUAAAAAUGCAGAUUUUAUGCAACAUACAAGACUGUUUAGAUGUACAAAUGAAAAGGGCUAUUUUUCUGUGUCUGAAAAAACUGUUGAUUUUUGUCAGGAGGAUCUUGAAAAUGAUGACGUUAUGAUUGUCGAUGAUGGCAAUUUUGUUUAUAUAUGGCUGGGAACUGGUGCCAGCGAGGUUGAAAUAAAAUUGGCCUAUAAAGCAGCUCAAGUUUAUUGUGGACAUAUACAAAUGAAACAGCCUGAAAGGCCUAGAAAAUUGUUAUUGUCAAUAAAGGAUCACGAAUCUAAACGAUUUUCUCGACUUUUCCAUGGAUGGGGAAAACACAAAAUUCCUGCUGGGACUGAAGGAAAAUGAAGAAAAGACGAGGAAAGGAUGGGUAUUUUAAAAAAAUUAAAGGGUACUGAUUAGUUAUCCUUAUGAUAUUUUUGCGGAUUUUUUUUGCGGACAAAAAAUUUUUUUGCGGAUUUUUUU